AUACACUCUACAUGUAAGUACUGCACUUCCAAUCAUUUCACUCUUCCUAUUGCAAUCAUCAAACACUUUUUACCUUGAUUUCAGUUUUAACCAGCAAUGGCCGAAGCAAUUGCAUUCGACCUGGCCGUAGAGCUCAUUACUAAAUUGACCUCCUUUGCUGCCUCUCAAAUUGGACUGUGGUGGAAUGUCAAAGAUGACCUCGAUGACCUCAAAACCACUGUCUCCACCAUCAAAGCUGUGCUCCUUGAUGCAGAGGAGCGAUCCGUCACCAGCCAUCUUAUCAAAGAUUGGCUUGAAAAGCUGAAGGAUGCACUUUAUGAUGCGGACGACUUGUUGGAUGAUUUCUCUAUCCAAGUUUUGCGGAAAGAUCUGAUGAGUGGGAACAAGUUGACCAAAGAGGUACGCCUUUUCUUUUCAAGCUCAAACCAAUUUGCUUACGGUCUAAAAAUAGGUCAUAAAAUUAAGGCCAUUAAGACCAGGAUAACUUCCAUCGGAAGUGAGGCCAAGAUGUUCAACUUGUUAGAGCGUGACCGCCCCGAGGAAACCUCUUUCAUGACUAAAAGGAGACAGCAAACACACUCUUUUGUGCGUAAAGAUGAAAUAAUUGGGAGGGAAGAUGAUAAAGCAACUCUUCUAAAACUCAUGUUAGAGUUUGAAAGUGAAGAGAAUGUUUUUAUAAUUCCAAUUGUGGGGUUUGGAGGGUUAGGAAAGACUGCAUUGGCGCAGUUUAUCUAUAACCAUGAAACGGUCAAAGAUCAUUUUGAAUUGAGGAUGUGGGUGUGUGUUUCUGAUGUCUUUGAUGUGAAAAUAAUUGUAGAAAACAUUAUCAAAUCUGUGACUGGCUUAGCACCUGAUCCAAAUCUCGCAAUGGAUCAAUUGCAAAAACAACUUCGAGAAAAAAUUGAUGGGAAAAAAUAUUUACUUGUUUUAGAUGACAUUUGGAAUGAGGAGGGGGAACAAUGGUUUAGCCUAAAGAAGUUAUUGAUGGGUGGGGAUAAAGGAAGUAGGAUAAUAGUAACUAGUCGAUCUUUGAGGGUAGCAAAGAUUACUAGUAGAUGCCAGCCUCAUGUUCUGAAAGGCUUGUCCGAUGAUGAUGCUUGGUCUUUGUUCAAACAAAUAGCAUUUGAGCAAAGAUCUGCAGACUCAACAAAUUUAGCCUUUGUGGAAAUAGGAAAGCAGAUUUUGGAAAGGUGUGGGGGAGUUCCCUUAGUCAUAAGGACGAUAGCUGGUACGUUAUCUUUCAAAGAAACUGAGAAUGAGUGGCGUUCUUUUAAAAAUAAUCAACUUGAUAAAAUAUCCCUAAAAGAAGGUGAAAUUUUAUCUACACUUAAGUUGAGUUAUGAUAAUCUCCAAUCCCAUUUGAAACAUUGUUUUGCUUAUUGUCGACUAUAUCCAAAAGAUCAUGAAAUUGAAGUACGAACACUUGUUCAGUUUUGGAUUGCACAAGGUUUCGUAAAGCAAUCAAAUCCAAGUCAAUCUCUUGAAGAGAUUGGGUUGGAAUAUUUUAAAGAUUUAGUGGAAAGAAACUUUUUUCAAGAGGUAAAAGAAUAUGAAGGCUGGCUUAUAAUGUGUAAAAUGCAUGACUUAAUGCAUGAUCUAGCUGAAUUAGUAGCAGGGAUGGAGAGUAGUAUUGUAGAUUCAAAAUCAAGUGCAAGUGAGAUUGGUGAAAAAUGUCGUCACGUAUUAAUUAAUCCUUUAUUAAUUCCUUUGCUUAAGGGAAAGAAGUUGCGAACCUUACUACAAUUUCAAAACUAUAGAUAUCAAAAUCAGAGCGAUACAAUUUGGGAUCUCAUAAUUUCAAAUUGUAGAUGCUUGCGGAUACUAAAAUUGGAUGAUUCAAAUCUUAAUAUAAUUCCACGCUCCAUUCAUAAAUUAAAACAUUUAAGGUACCUUGAUCUUUCUCGAAAUUCCUAUAUUAAAUUCCUCCCAAAGAGUAUUUGCAAGAUACCAUAUUUGCAAGCUCUAAAACUUGAUUGGUGUGUUGGGCUCGAAGAACUGCCGAAGAAGAUUGAAAAAUUGGUGAAUCUUACCCAUAUCGAGUGUUGUGGUUGUAGUGGCUUAACUCAUAUGCCACGUGGAAUUGGGAAGCUAACUACCCUUGAAACAUUAAGCAUGUUUGUAGUGGAUAAAGAUGGUUCUCAUGGUGGUGCAGAUCUAAGUGAAUUGAGUGGGCUUAACAAUUUAAGGGGAGAGUUAACAAUAAAAAAUUUGGGAUUCGUGAAAAAUGCAAAAGAGAAGUUUAGGGCUGCGAAUUUGAAAGAGAAGCAACAUUUGAGAUUAUUGGUUUUAGAAUGGAGUAGCGAUAACGAAGAUGAUGACAAGUCUCUUGAAGACCUGCAGCCCCAUCCUAAUCUGAAGAUGUUGAAGGUGGAUGGGUGGAAGGGCGACGCCAAGUUUCCAAGUUGGCUUUCUUCGCUUACAAAUCUCGUCCUUAUUUCCAUAAAUAGUUCCAGUAAAUUCCAACAUCUCCCGUCCUUUGCUCAAUUUCCUUGUCUUCAAGAGCUGGUGAUUUCUAAUUUAACUGAGCUCGAGUACAUGGAGGAUAAUGGCCCACAUGGAAGUCAAGGAAAAGUAGAAUCAUUCUUCCCAUCGCUUACGUAUCUUGAGCUCAACAACUGCCCAAACUUGAAGAGUUGGUGGAGGAAAAGACCAGUUUAUGAUGAUUCCAACGAGGGCGAUACAAAAGUUGUAGGAGCAUCAACCAUGGCAUUUCCUUGUCUUUCCUACUUAUGUAUUGAAGAUUGCCCUUUGACUUCAAUGCCGUUGUAUCCAUCACUUGACAAGGAGCUAAACUUAGUGAAUACCAGUUCAAGGCCAUUAAAGCAGACCCUUGAGAUGAACAUCACCAGUAUGUCACCAUCAACUUCAACCCCUUCUCUUCCUCUCUCCAAAUUGAAAUCUUUCCAUGUAGAGAAUAUCGAGGAACUGGACGCUCACAAGCUAGAUGAGUACUUGCAACAUUUCACCAGCCUCAAAACUUUAACAAUAAGAGAUUGCAAGGAGCUUGAUUUAGAGGGCAUGCAAUGGGAAGCCCUGAAGAAUCUGUCUCAUUUGGAGAUUGAUAAUAUUCCACAGCUGGUGUCUCUCCCCCUUGGGCUUCAACAUCUUUUCCAAUUGAAAACAUUAGAAAUUAAGAACUGCAAUGGAUUGAGGUCACUCUUUCCUGUGUUCCAACAUCUCACUUUCCUAGAAGAGUUUUCAAUAUGGAACUGCAAGGAGCUGGAGUUAUCUGCAAUUGACAUCCAAAUAUUCCAAAAUUAUACAAGCCUACGCUCUCUAUGGCUGCUAAAUAUUCCAAAGUGUCGGCAACUUCCGGAGUGGCUUCAAUUUCUAACCAAUCUGCGAACGCUUUAUCUCAUGGAUUUGCCCAAUUUGACAUCACUUCCAGACGAGAUGCGUUGCCUAACCGGUUUAAAAGAAUUAUACAUACGAGAAAUUCCCCAAUUGAAGGAGAGAUGUAGGAAGGACAUUGGUGCCGAUUGGUAUAAGAUUGCUCACAUUACUUCAGUAUUCUUUUUGUGACUGUUUGAGUGAAAGGCAUUUGACAAUUUCAAGAAAUAACAUGCCGGAAAAGAGGAGAUAGCAUAGACAAUGGACUUGAGGUUGGCCACCAUUUGUGCACAGAAUAUGAAGUCCUGCCCUGUGAAAGUAAGUGUUUCUACAUAAAUAAAAAGUGUCGAUAGGAAUAGUAAUAAUGCGGCUGAUUUGUUGUGUAAUAUUGCUAAUAGCAAUUUGCUAUUAAUAAAAAGUGUAAUAUGUGCUUUAAUAUGGAUUACCCAGUGGAAAUCCAUGAUGUAAUCAUUCAUGAUGCAAUAAAUUGAGGUAGACCUUACGGUCA